AUGCCUUCCCUGCCCGUCCUCAUCGACAAUACCGCCGACUUUGAUUUUUCUCCCGCCCAAAAUGUAACUCAGAAGCGCAGUCUGCUCCUCGCACCCCCCUCGAUUGCCGCCCAUGAGGAGAAAUUGAGAGACAUUUUUGCGACAUUCGAUCGUUCCGUCACCGAUUUGCAGAUGUUGGAUCGCCUCUCUGCCGGAUUCGUCACGCUCCCUACGUCCACUUACGAUCUCGUACUCGUUCUCACAGACACCAAUGGCGCUCGACGAAACGAGGCUCUUGGCCUGCUUACUCGGGAUGUUUUCAAUGUCCUGACGCCUGCAAUGAAGCCCUCAGCACAGUUGAAGUUACAAGACGGCCCUUUUCAAUCCACCGAAGGUCGUGAGGCAAUUCUGGCUGGUUUGGUGGAGAAGGAUGGCGCCUUUGAGAAACCGCAAUACCAGGAAGCCGCCGUACCCCUCCGGUUCGGGUUGAAUAAGAAGAAAAAUAAGGUUGCUCCAGAACCUGUCAAGGUUGAGACUGUUGGAUUUGUUGAUAAUUACGAUGACGACGAAUUGAUUGAUGAAGAUGAUUUGCUGGCAGAGGAGGAUCUUGGCAGGCCUGUGCAGCAGCCCGCCGAAUGCAAACCAGAGACCGCUAAAAAGCGACGACGCGCCUGCAAAGACUGCACCUGUGGUCUCGCCGCCCAACUUGAAGCCGAAGACGCCGAGCGUCGCGAAAAAGCCAAUGCAAACCUUAAUGUUCUCAAACUCAACACCAACGAACUCAACGAUGAAGUCGACUUUACCGUGCAGGGAAAGACAGGUUCCUGCAACAGCUGUUCCCUGGGAGAUGCGUUCCGCUGCGAGGGCUGCCCCUUCAUUGGGUUGCCUGCCUUCAAGCCUGGCGAGGAAGUCAGAAUUCUGAACGACAUGGCUCAGCUUUGA